AGGGGAGGGGAGAAGAUGGCGACUUCGAACAAUCCGCGGAAAUUCAGUGAGAAGAUCGCGCUGCACAACCAGAAGCAGGCGGAGGAGACGGCCGCCUUCGAGGAGGUGAUGAAGGACCUGAGCCUGACGCGGGCCGCACGGUUACAGUUACAGAAAACACAGUAUCUGCAGUUGGGACAAAGCCGUGGCCAGUAUUAUGGAGGGUCCCUGCCCAACGUGAACCAGAUUGGGAAUAGUUCCAUGGACCUGCCCUUCCAGCGCGGCGGAGUUCUGGGAGAGACCUUGGGAGCAACUUCUGUCUCUUUGACUCCCUUUCAGUCAUCGGGAUUGGACACAAGUCGGACGACUCGUCAUCACGGGCUGGUGGACAGAGUGUACCGGGAUCGCAACAGGCUCGGCUCCCCCCACCGCCGCCCCUUGUCGGUGGAUAAGCACGGGAGGCAGGUGGACAGCUGUCCCUAUGGCACCGUGUAUCUGUCGCCUCCGUCGGAUACCAGCUGGAGAAGGACCAAUUCUGAUUCUGCCCUGCAUCAGAGCACGAUGACCCCCACGCAGCAAGAGUCCUUUGCAGGAGGGUCCCAGGAUAUGCAGCAAAAACGAGUCCUAUUGUUAACAGUCCCAGGAAUGGAAGAAACCACAUCGGACACAGACAAAAAUCUCUCGAAACAAGCAUGGGACACGAAGAAGACAGGAUCAUCAAGGCCUAAGUCCUGUGAAGUCCCAGGAAUCAACAUCUUUCCAUCAGCUGACCAGGAGAACACUACAACCCUGAUUCCCGCGGCUCAUAACACAGGAGGCUCUCUGCCCGACCUGACAAACAUCCAUUUCCCCUCCCCUCUCCCAACACCCCUGGAUCCCGAGGAGUCCACGUUCCCGGCCCUGAGCAGCUCCAACAGCACUGGUAAUCUUGCCGCCAACUUGACCCACCUGGGCAUCAGCACUGCCAAUCAGGGGAUGACAACAACUCAAGGGUCCUCACCACAGCAUCGCCAGCCCGCCGUCAGUCCCCUGUCCUUGAAUGCGGAGGCGAGACGCCAACAGACCCAGCAGAUGUCUCCCACGCUGUCACCUCUGUCGCCAAUUACUCAGGCUGUGGCUAUGGAUGCGUUGUCCCUUGAGCAGCAGCAGCAGCUUCCCUACUCAUUUUUCACCCAGACGAGUUCGCAACAGCAGCAGCAACAGCAAUCUCAGCAGCAGACCCAGGUGCCAAGCGGCCUGUCCCAGAACACCCCCUUAUUGCAGAGCUCUGGUUUACAGCGGGGGACGGAGCUUCCCCCACUCUCAGUCACGGUACCAUCUACUAUCCCCCAGUCCCCUCCAGGCAACCAGACUCAGCCUUCGAUGGGAAUAGACAUCACCUCGGCUUCACUCCAGCAGUACCGCAGUAAUGCUGGAUCCCCAGCCAACCAGUCUCCCACCUCUCCUGUCUCCAAUCAAGGCUUCUCUCCUGGCAGCUCCCCUCAACAUUCUUCCAUUCUGGGCAGCGUAUUUGGUGAUUCCUUUUAUGAUCAGCAGAUGACAGCGAGGCAGGCCAAUGCCCUGUCCCAUCAGCUGGAACAGUUUAAUAUGAUAGAAAAUGCCAUCAGCUCCAACAGCCUGUACAGCCCGUGCUCCACGCUUAACUACUCCCAGGCCGCCAUGAUGGGUCUGACGGGGAGUCAUGGCAACCUGCAGGACUCUCAGCAGCUAAACUAUUCGAGCCACGGAAACAUCCCCAACAUCAUCCUUACAGUGACAGGCGAAUCCCCUCCCAGUUUAUCAAAAGAACUGACCAGCACUUUGGCAGGAGUCGGCGACGUCAGUUUUGAUUCCGAUUCCCAGUUUCCCCUGGAUGAACUCAAGAUUGACCCUUUAACCUUAGAUGGACUUCACAUGCUCAAUGACCCCGAUAUGGUCCUCACCGACCCCGCCACAGAGGACACUUUCCGAAUGGACCGGCUGUAGAGCAAGGACCCCUGUGCACCUAGGAGUAAAAAGGCAUCCUGGGGCCCAGCCGAACUGAAAUAAUCCAAUGGGUCAGUUGUGUCAGAUUCCCAGAGUUAUUGAGGGCAGCUGCUCUGCCCUGUUCAAUGAGUAAAGCUUGUUGUUCUAAGCUUGCAGUGCUGCAGACCUCCCCCCUCCC